AGUGAUGUGAGCUGAUUCACUCUUUUGUUUCUACUUUACCACUGUUGACACUGUCCCUCCUUACUAAACAUAGUAACAUCUCAAGUUUAGCGUACUGUUUCUAAUAUUCCUUCCUGGUUUGUGCAAGAUGGAGGAGAAGAGGAUAAGAAGAAGGUAAAGAAGUUGGGGUUGAACCCUUUUGCAAAGGAGUUCAAAUCUUAAAAUCCAACUGAGGCAAUGGAGAGCGUUUUUGUAGCAAAUAAGUUCCACAAACUUGUUACUCAUGAACGGAAGAACAUAAUGUAUCUGCGGAGAAGGUCUGAUGAUAAUAUCAACAAAUGGGUUAAGGUUCCACUACCUCCAUUUCCUCGCAUUCUUCUCAGAUUUUCUGGGAAUACCUCUUUGAUCAUCCAAAAUAUCCCAAAUCGAUUAAGUAGGGAGAUGUUGAUUCAGUUGCUAGAUGAGCAUUGUGAGGAACAGAACAAGAUCAUAUUGGGAUUAAAGAUUAAUCCUCCAACUCCUCUCUCUGAAUACGAUUUUGUGUAUCUUCCUGUAGAUUUCAAAUCCAAUCUGAACAAGGGUUAUGGGUUUGUGAACUUCACAAGUUCUGCUGGAGCUUUUCGGUUCUUUAGAUCUUAUGACAUGCACAAAUGGGAUAUUUUCCAGUCAAGGAAGACCUGUGAGAUUGAUUUUGCUAAAAUUCAGGGAAGAGAAAACUUGGUGAAACAUUUCAUGAAAUCAACUUUCAUAUGUGAUUCAAAAGCCUACUUGCCAUUGCAGUUCUUCCCACCUCGCAAUGGCUUCUUGUACCAAACUACCAUUGGAACUGUUGUUGGAAAAAAGAAUGGUUCCUUUUCAGAAGUGCAUGGAAAGAGGGAAUAGCCAGUUUGCUCCUUCUCAAAAUAGUUUGAAGAUCUGGACAAGGUUAGAUCCUAAACGUCCACCAAGACAGUUAAAGCAAAGUCAGAAAAACCAAAAGAGGACACCUAAAGGUUUAAGGUUUAGAAGAAGAAAAGAGGUGAUAUAGCUGGUGAUGAUUAGGGUGUUUUUUUUCUCAUUUUUUGGGGUUAUCUGUUGAAGAUGAGGAGUAGGACACCUGUGUUUUGGUUCCAUCCACAAGUGGGUUUCAUUGGCAAUUAUGGAUGUCAAUGAUGCAUUGGGGAAGGAAGUGGAAAUAUGGGAGAGAUCCUCUAGUAGUUGAAACAUCUGUUAUAAUUAUUGUUGUUGUUCUACCUUAGUAGUGUAAGUGAUGUCUGUAGUCUAAACACGAGUUCACUCAGUAUGGGAUGAGUUACCUUAAAACAGUUAAACAAAUUCCGUGGUGGUUGCUAAUUUC